AUGGUAGGGAAGGAGAGGUCGGGGGCGAGGGAGGAGGAGGAGGAGGAGGAGGUGGGAGCGAAGCCUUUGAUGCCCCUGCAUCCUCGUGGAGAUGAACAAGAGGAUGUAGCUCUGCCCAUGCCCCGAGAGUUCCGAAGGACAUACGAGCCAUGCCCAUCCAACGUAGAGCCUCAACUGACUCUCAAGUCGCCACCUCUUUGCAAUCAAGACCUCGCAUGCUGGGUUGCUGGCUCCUGGUUUGCUGGCUGCGGUUGCCUUGGCCGCCGUAGUCGUGGGGUGAUGGGCAGUCGAUGGCUUGAGAGGAGGCUGACAGGGAGGUGCCUCGAGCAGGAGAUGGGGGCAAGGCCUGAGGUAUGCCUGGGCCUCAAGGACUCCGGGCAGGUGAUCACCUUCUUCUUCUUUUACUUCAAGAGUGACCUGCUUGAGAAUGACUCGCUGCUGGAGCAGCUGGCGAAACUUCGAUGUAGAUGUGCGAGCAUGGCGGCAUCAGAAGCCGUUGGAUGCUACUUGAACAGCGCUAGCGGUGCGUGUGUUCAAGUCAAGAGCUUCAAGAUUGAUUGUUGGGCGGCAGAGAUGAACUCGAAUGAGUUGCAGUCACUCGAAUGCAAGUCAGAGAUCGAGGUCGGGUGGGCGAGCACUAUCGACUACAUCUCACAAGUCCUCACGUCCUUGGGCUGGCAUGUCGAGUAUGACCAGUUCACCGCCGAAACACCGCUCGGCAGCAAGCCGAUGAAGAGCGUGAUCGCAUCGUUCAGCCCGCAAGGAGGAGACUGUAUCUUGGACCUCGCAGGCGCCACCGACUCAGCGGCACCGAUGGGGAUGAUGCUCUCGCUGGCAGAGCGUUUGACUCCCCUGCUGCAACGCAAACUCUCUGCCGAUGGCGCCUUGCCGGUAAAGCUCCGCCCCUUGACGCGCUGGUUCUCAAGUGCUCUGUUGCGUCUCCCAUAG